GCCCCGGAGAGACGCGCAUCCCGGAGGAGCCUUGGGAAGAGGAUGUUGGAGAAGCCGCCCGCCGCGCCCACUCCCGCUGCCGGUGUCUUCUCCGCCGCCGCCUGUGCCGCUCGCCGGCUCUGACGACCAUGGAGUUGACGGGCAGGCUGGCGGUCUUCGUGGGCUUGCUCCUGCUGGCCGGGCAUUCAUCAUGGGCCCAGGAGAUGUGCCUCACUGAGAUGUUCACUGCCAGCGGAGAGUGCUGCAAAGCCUGUAACCUUGGGGAAGGGGUGGCCCAGCCAUGUGGGAAAAACCAAACCGUCUGCGAACCAUGCCUGGACAGCAUCAGCUAUUCGGACACAGUGAGCGCCACCGAACCCUGCAAACCCUGCAAGGAGUGUGUGGGCCGGGAGAGCAUGAUGGCGCCCUGCGUGGAGUCGGACAACACCGUGUGCAAAUGUACCUACGGCUACUACCGGGACCAGGCGAGCAAUACGUGUCGAGAGUGCCGAAUUUGCAAAGUGGGCUACGGCCUCGUGUAUCCCUGCGGGGGGAAUCAGAACACCUGGUGCGAGAAAUGCCCCACCGGGACUUACUCAGACGACGCCAACCAUGUAGACCCCUGUUUCCCUUGCACCGUCUGCGAGGACGACGAGGUCAUGGUCAAGGAAUGUACCGCCACGUCGGAUGCUAGAUGCAGAGUUCGUCACCCACGAUGGACAACCCCAACCCCAAUGGAUUCCAACGUCACUGACGGAGUCACGGAUCCUGAACACGGUUUUUCCCCGGCGAGUUCCGAAAUCCCUUUUCCCGUCACAAACGAUCCAGAUGCCCCGGAAGCUUUCGGUAGCACCGUGGCUGGUACAGCGACCACGAUCAUGGGCAGCUCCCAGCCCGUCGUCCGAAGCGGCACAGCGGACAACCUCAUCCCCGUGUAUUGCUCCAUUUUGGCAGCUGUGAUCGUGGGGCUGGUGGCCUACAUUGCGUUCAAGAGGUGGAACAGCUGCAAGCAGAACAAGCAAGGUGCCAACAACCGUCCCGUCAACCAGACGCCUUCGCCCGAAGGAGAGAAACUUCACAGCGACAGCGGCAUCUCAGUCGACAGCCAAAGCCUCCACGAUCAACAGCCGCAGACGCAAACAGCAUCAAUGCAAGGCCUGAAAGGAGAUGGGCAUCUUUACACCAGCCUGCCAGCCAUCAAGCGGGAGGAAGUCGAAAAGCUGCUGAAUGGUUCCACGGAGGAGACAUGGCGCCACUUGGCUGGGGAACUGGGCUACAAGGAAGACCACAUAGACUCCUUCACCCAGGCGGAAUACCCGGUCCGUGCGCUGCUCUCCGAUUGGUCCAGCAAGGACAGCGCCACCAUGGACGCCCUUUAUACCGCCUUGCGUAAAAUCCAGAGGGGGGACAUUGUGGAAAGCCUUUACAGCGAGUCCACGGCUAGCUCACCCGUGUGAAGCAGGGAGAUGGGGCGGAGGUGCUCUGGGUGGCCCCUCUGUGAUACCCCUCAUCGCUGGUGCCUCUUGGGUGCAAACAUGUGAAGGAAAAAUGGAGCUUGUUCCUACCCCCAUACCCCCAUUUCUGGGGGCCCGGGAACAAUCCUAGUAUGCACUGACUUUGUGUGUGUGUGU